CACCAUUAUCGGCCGCUGGACCCCACUCCCAAUAAGAUACAAUCUCCUCGUGAAAACCACAUCCAACAGCUCCUCAACGAUCCACCACCACCACGAGAACUAACUCGCCUUUUUCUCUGAUUUCAUCUUCAGUAAUCAUCGUGUUUGUGAAAAAAACUGAUUAGGGUUUGAGCUGGGGGGAUAAAGCCUAAAGUUAUGUUGAGUAGCGGAGGUGGAGGAACCUUUUAUUGGGUUCGAAAUGAGGAGGAUACGUCAUCUGCAUCGAAACUCGAAGGAAUCGUUGUAAUUUUUGCUUGGGGUUCGCUUGACGAGUCUCGCUUGAAGAAUUAUGUCGAUCUGUAUUCGUCUAUUGGUUGGAAUUCUCUUGUUGUUCUAUCCGAUUUUCUCAACCCAUUUUUUCCUGAGAAAGCCACAGCACUUGCAUUUUCCAUCCUCAAUGAGCUUUUAGAGGAUUUGAGAUCUAGACCAUGUCCUUUAGUCCUUGCAUCAUUUUCCGGUGGCUCACAAGCUUGUAUGUAUAAGCUUCUUCAGAUUAUCGAAGGAACAUGUGAAGCACAUCUCAAUAUGGAUGAUAGUCGAUUAAUCAUGACAUGUAUCUCUGGUCAAAUGUUUGACUCUGGUCCGGUCAACGUAACCGGUGAUUUGGGUGCCCGAUUCGCCCUUCAUUCCUCCAUUCUUGGAUCAUCAAAAUUGGUAUCUUUAUUUGCAAAAGGUGUCACUUCUGGAUUGGAUGCUUUAUUUCUUACAAGAUUCGGGUCCCACAGAUCUGAAUACUGGCAAACAUUAUACUCCUCUGUUGGUUUGGGCGCCCCAUUUCUCAUAUUAUGUUCGGAAAAUGACGAUCUUGCCCCUUAUCCCGUUAUCUGCUCAUUUGCUCAACGGGUACAAGGUUUAGGUGGACAUGUGAGAUUUAUUGGAUGGAAAGAUUCUCCUCAUGUAGGUCACUACGAGCAUAAUCCUAUACAAUACAGGACAGCUGUCACCGAGUUUCUUGAUGACUCGGUUUCAAUAUUCAACAAAAAGCUUCAAAAACUUUUUGAAAGAAAUGGAAUGGAGGGAAUGCAUGACAAAAUAUGUGAAUUAAUUUGUGAUCUUCAAAAUGCAGCGGUUGACUCAAAUCAAAGCCUUAGAAGGGUGGCAGUGGGACCCAAUGACCAUUUCUUUUUACCAAGUUCUUUGGAGUAUCAAAAUAAAGAAUCAGGAUCUUUACAAGAUGAACAAAAAGAAAGAAGAAAUGGUAAUGGUAAUGGUGGUGGUGUCCACGUGGCAAGUCCUCCAUGUUUGAAUCCUCAUAGUGUUCUUGGUCAAGUUCUUUUUGAUGCUUGUGUUCCUAAGAAUAUUGAAGGGUGGGACAUUAAGUUUGAUGGGAAGACAUUUGGAUCUGGUCGUAAGAGGUUGUCUUUAAAUGGGUUGAAACGAAUAAGGUCAAGAUUGUAAAAUGGCAAACAUGAGAGAGAUUUGUAUAAUAAUAUAAUAUAAUAAUGAUAUAACAAUAAAAAUGUAUAUAUUGAUUUUGCACGAAAUGUAUAGGUAGGACGAAUGUAGAGGAUAUGGUAUGUUUAUGGAAAUGUUUAGAGAUGUGUUUUGUAAUAGAUUGUUUGUUUUGGUAUAUGAG